AUGAUUUUCUUUCAUUUGGCACCGUUCUUCUUCCUGUUUGGUCUAGUAGUAUCUUCUCAGAACCCUACAGUCGACCUUGGCUACACAAAGUACAAAGGCAAAUCUCUACCCAAUGGUAUUAGUCAGUGGCUGGGAAUACGCUACGCCGCUGCACCUACUGGGUCUCUGCGGUUCUCUGCGCCUCGGGAUCCUGACUCGGUAGAGGGCGUCCAAGAUGCAUUCAAGCAUGGCCCCCGGUGUGUUCCCACCAGCCAAUAUCCCACUCCCGCAGGCACGUCUGAAGAUUGUCUCUUUCUCGAUGUAUACGCACCCAGCUCAGUGAAAGAUAUUACGAGACUGCCCGUUUUUGUUUGGAUCCAAGGUGGUGGCUUCAAUGCCAACUCCAGCCCCAACUUCAAUGGAACAGGAUUGAUUGAAGCGGCCAACAUGUCCAUGGUUGUGGUCACCUUCAAUUAUCGAGUCGGUCCGUACGGCUUCCUCUCUGGAUCCGAGGUGCUACAGGGAGGAAGUGUGAACAAUGGCCUGAAGGAUCAGAUCAAGGUCCUGGAGUGGGUGCAAGAACAUAUCAGCAAGUUUGGAGGCGAUCCCAGCCACGUUGUCAUCGGCGGCGACAGCGCAGGCGCAGCGUCCAUUACUCUCCAUCUUUCAGCAUACGGCGGUAAAGACGAGGGACUCUUCCACGCUGCUGCCGCAGAGUCCCAAAGCUUCGCCCCCAUGUUGACCGUCAACCAAAGCCAAUUCGCCUAUAACAACCUAGUCAUCCGCGCCGGCUGCGCAAGCGAUCCAGACACUCUUGCCUGCCUGCGCCGACUAAACACCACAGAACUGCAGCGCGUCAACAUCAACACACCCUUACCCACCGCCCAACAAGCACCUCUCUACAUGUACGGCCCCGUCGUCGAUGGCUCCCUCAUCCCAGACUACACAUACCGACUCUUUCAACAAGGCAAAUUCAUCAAAGUCCCCGUAAUCUUCGGCGACGACACCAAUGAAGGAACGAUCUUCGUCCCCAAAACGACAUCCACCGUCGGCGAAGCUGACACCUUCAUCCAAGACCAAUUCCCCAACAUCAACUUCACCCACCUAACCAAGCUGAACAACUGGUACCUCAACGAAAACCAAACCCGCGAGUUCCCCAAUUCCUCGCCCUACUGGCGCCCCGCUAGCACCGCGUACGGUGAAAUCAGAUACAUCUGUCCGGGGAUCUACAUGUCCUCUGUGUUCUCGGGUGCUGGUGUCAACAGCUGGAAUUAUCAUUAUGCCGUGCAGGACCCCGCCGCGGAGGCCUCAGGCAGAGGUGUCAGUCAUACGGUGGAAGAGAAUGCCAUCUGGGGCCCGCAUUAUGUGAGCGGCACGCCGCCGGCGUCGUAUUUCACUACGAAUGCGGGGAUUGUGCCGGUCAUGCAGGGCUACUGGACGAGUUUCAUUAGGAUUUUUGAUCCGAAUCCGCUAAGGUACCCAGGGAGUCCGGAGUGGGAGACGUGGAAUAAUGGGCAUGGACAGGAUUAUCGGAGGAUAUUUUUGCGCACGAAUGAGACGAGGAUGGAGACGGUUUCGGAGGAGCAGAGAGAGAGAUGCGAUUAUUGGAGUAGUGUUGGGCCGGAGUUGUCGCAGUGAUUACAUUGUCUUCAAUUGUUAAUUUAGGUGGUGGUGGUGGUGAAGUUGCUG